AGCAGACUUGGCUGCUCGAAGAACAACGUGCAGACAACGUGCAGCACAACAAAUCCUGCUUUGCUCUGCUGUGCUCUGCUUCGCAGGUUCUGUCGUGUAGCGUCACUUGACACGAGGCGACGCGUGCAUCGUUGGUGUAACACACAGCACAGCACAACACUUCACACACCUCCUUUACGUCUCUUUGUGAUCCACUCGCCAUGGCUGAGCACGACUUCCUCCUGCUCUUUGGCUCCCAGACUGGCCAGGCCGAAAGUAUCGCCCAAGACCUGGAGAAGGAUGCAGAGGCAAAGGGGCUCAAGUGCCAACUCUAUUGCUUGGACCAGUUCAAGCGGUUUGACCUGCAGAAGGAGAAAGUGGUUGUCAUCGUCAGCUCCACGACAGGCGAGGGUGACCCGCCAGACAACGCUGCACGAUUCUGGCGUCGUUUGAAGAAGAAGACACUGCCACUCGACUACCUCGCACACCUCAAGUACACCGUGCUUGGGCUCGGUGACACCAACUACGCAAACUUCUGCCAAAUGGGAAAGAACUUUGACAAACGCAUGUCUGAGCUCGGUGCACAGCGCUUCUACCCAGCCGGCUUUGCUGAUGACGGCACAGGCCUUGAGGUCGUUGUUGAGCCGUGGAGGGCCGGACUCUGGGACGCGCUGGAGAAGGCGAUCAAGGAGAGCAAGGAGGGCCAGUCCACCAAUACGAACGACACAGCAGCGGUGCCAGACACGAAGCCUGCUGACACCACCACCGCCACAACAGCAACAACAGCAACAACAGCCACCACAACAGCAACGGCCACCACAGCAGCAGAGUCCACCACGGUUGAUGCGCAGACGGCCGGGCUGCCUGCUGGGGUGACACGGGGAGGGCUUCGACUGCCACGACUGCACGAACCCCAAUAUGAGGUGCACAUUGGCCGCGAGGUGCUGGUGAACGGAACACCAGCCGCUGUUGCCGACGACACGCGCAAGUGGAUGGUGGGCCGGCUGGUGGCGUAUCGAUGCCUCACGGCGAAGAAUGCCGUCAAGCGAGCACUGCAGGUCUCCAUCAAGCUCCCACAACACAUCCACUACUCAACAGGCGAUGCGUUCGGGGUGGCCUGCCCAAACGUGGAGGAGGAAGUGUCCGCCCUCAUUGAAGCGCAGAACCUCCAAAACAUUGCAGAUGAGCCCAUGACGAUUGCACUCGCCCCACGGCCCGGCGCACGCAAGAAGCCAGCCUUCCCCGCACACCUCUGGGGUGUCCCCACGCUGCGCCACGCCCUGCGGUCGGCGUGCUCUGUGCGCACGCUGCCAAAGAAGGCGGCGCUUCGCCUGAUGGCCCAAUACGCAGCCGACCCCGCACACGAGAACCACCUCCUCUUCCUCUGCAGCUCGCAGGGUGCAAAGGCGUACGGGUCUGAGGUUCGCGAUGCGGGACUGAGUGUCACAGACAUUCUCCUGGCCCACCCUUCCUGCCGCCUGCCUGUGCACGUGCUGUUGGAUGUGCUCAUGCCCUCGCAGCCUCGCUACUACUCCGUGUGCACGCGCCCCAACGACUGCGUCGAUUUUACGUUUAAUGUCGUCGACAACGCCUUCCCCGACACCGUCGCCAAGCGCGGCCCUGGGCUGUGCACGUCAUAUCUCGAGUCGCUGUGCCUGCAUGUGUUCAACGCGGCGACGAAACAGAAUGUGGCGUCGGUGCAGGAGUUGCGUGCACGUGAGGAGCGGAACAUGUGGUACCGUGUCCCCGACAGCACCAGUGAUGAUGAUGGCGGUGAUAGUGUGGCGAGUGGCAAGGCCGUGGUUGCACUUACAGUCACCGACGAUGAUGAUGAUGGUGAUGCGGGUGAUGCGGGUGAUGGCAGCAACAACGCCGAGAAGAGUGACAACAGUCGCAACCACGACGAUGGCACUGGUAAUGGCGAUGCUCUGCUCGCUGUCCGCCGUCGCAUUGAAACCCACGCCGCCCACGCGUCGUCAUCACCAUCAUCAUCAACAUCAUCAUCAUCGCAUAUGCCGGCGUUGGAUGUGCACAUGUUCCUUCGUCCGCCACUCGGGUUUUCGCUCGUGGACGAUGCAUCCCAGCCCAUCAUCAUGAUUGGGCCCGGCACAGGCGUCGCCCCGUUCCUCGCAUUCCUCCAGUCAAGGCAGCAGCAGCGUGACGAGGGCGGACGCGUUGGCGAAUCGUGGCUAUUUGUCGGCUGCAGGCACAAAACCAGAGACCUCUUGUUCGAGGACGAGUGGACGGCACUGCAGGCGAGUGGAGCGCUGACGAAACUCUUUGUGGCCAGCUCGCGGGAUGGUGACGCGCACACAUAUGUACAGGACCACCUGAAGGAGCAGGCAGAAGCAUUCUUCCGGCUCAUGAUGCACGAGGGUGCCGUACUGUACGUGUGCGGCAACGCGAUGACAAUGGGGCGACAGCUUGACCUGGUCAUCGACUCCAUCCUCAAGCAGGAGGGCGAGCUGACGGCGGACGAAGUGAAGGCAGUGCGCACGGAGUGGAAGGACACGGGCCGAUUCAGGCGGGAGCUCUGGGCAUGAGCACGAUGAUCGUUAUGCCGACAACUUCUUUGUGCCUUGUGCGCUUGUGCACUUGCGCUUUUGUGGUGGGCAGCAACGUCUUUAUAACUUGCUGUUCAACCCUUCGACGACCUCCCACCCACCUCCCCCUCCUUCAUCUUUUCCUUCCAUCCCACCUGCCCUGUGUUCACUUCACGCCUCGCGUCCUCGGCAUCCAGGCUUCGCUCGCCAGUUACACGACUCGUAUCCAACUCAACACCAACUCACACGUGUGGUGGUCGUGGGGACCUGGUUUUCGGUCUACUCUGUUCCUUGUCCACGCUAGUCGUUAUUUCAACAAAUACCAUAAAAAGUCAGGAACAACA